GAAGCUCGCCCGCGCCCGAGCAGGGACUACAUUUCCCGGGGGGCCUCGGCGCGGCGGCGGCGGGCGCGGCAACGUCCCCCGGAAGUGGAGCCCGGGACUUCCACUCGUGCGUGAGGCGAGCGGAGCCGGAGACGAGACCAGAGGCCGAACUCGGGAUCUGACAAGAUGGCCGGGCUGCCCCGCAGGAUUAUCAAGGAAACCCAGCGUUUGCUGGCAGAGCCAGUUCCCGGCAUUAAAGCAGAACCAGAUGAGAGCAACGCCCGUUAUUUUCAUGUGGUCAUUGCUGGCCCUCAGGAUUCCCCCUUUGAGGGAGGGACUUUUAAACUUGAACUAUUCCUUCCAGAAGAAUACCCAAUGGCAGCCCCUAAAGUACGUUUCAUGACCAAAAUUUAUCAUCCUAAUGUAGACAAGUUGGGAAGAAUAUGUUUAGAUAUUUUGAAAGAUAAGUGGUCCCCAGCACUGCAGAUCCGCACAGUUCUGCUAUCGAUCCAGGCUUUGUUAAGUGCUCCCAAUCCAGAUGAUCCAUUAGCAAAUGAUGUAGCGGAGCAGUGGAAGACCAAUGAAGCCCAAGCCAUAGAAACAGCUAGAGCAUGGACUAGGCUAUAUGCCAUGAAUAAUAUUUAAAUCGAUCCGAUCAUCAAGUGUGCAUCACUUCUCCUGUUCUGCCAAGACUUCUUCCUUUUUUGUUUGCAUUUAAUGGACACAGUCUUAGAAACAUUACAGAAUAAAAGCCCAGACAUCUUCAGUCCUUUGGUGAUUAAAUGCACAUUAGCAAAUCUAUGUCUUGUCCUGAUUCACUGUUGUAAAGCAUGAGCAGAGGCUAGAAGUGUCAUCUGGAUUGUUGCGAAACGUUUAAAAGCAGUGGCCCUUCUCUGCUUUUAUUCAUUUCCCCAUCAUGGUUUGAGUAUAAAGCACUGUGAAUGAAGGUAGUUGUCAGGGUUAGCUGCAGGGGUGUGGGUGUUUUUCUUUAUUAUUAUUUUUUUUUGGUGGUGGGGGGAAGGUAGUUUUAUUUUAAUUUUAUGGGCUCCUUUCCCCCUUUUUAUGGUGAUCUAAUUGCAUUGGUUAAAAGCAGCUAACCAGUUCUUUAGAAUAUGCUCUCUAGCCAAGUCUAACUUUAUUUAGACACUGUAGAUGGACAAGCUUGAUUGUUUGAACCAAAAUGGGAACAUUAAACAAACAUCACAGCCCUCACUAAUAACAUUGUGACUUUGCUGUCAAGUGUAGAAUCCUCCCUUCAAGAAAAAGCUUGUGACCAUUUUGUAUGGCUUGUCUGGAAACUUCUGUAAAUCUUAUGUUUUAGUAAAAUAUUUUUUGUUAUUCUACUUUGCCUUUGUACAGUUUAUUUUACUGUGUUUAUUUCAUUUUUCCCAAUGUGACAAUCGUAUUUAAAAAUUAAAACUGAUGGAAGAUUCUCUUUUGGUCUUCAACGUCUGACAAAUUGAAUGGCAAGAGGUAGAUUUUGCCAGUUCCUUUUCACUGAUGCAAAUUUGUGUUAAGAUAUAUCACUGAAUGGAGUAUUUAUAAGCUGGCCCUGAGCAUGCCUAAAGCAUCAGUAUGUGACAUUUUUUACCUCCUAGAAAUUUGAAAUAAAUGUGUUUGUGUUGUCUGA